AUGUCUGGCUACUAUGUUGGACCAUUCGGUCGUAUGUUACCCGCCACAGAUGGUCCACCGUCGGAGCAGCCCCCGGAGCAUGGAGCUAAUCAGUCAGAACCCGGGGACAACAACCCUUACCAGCUUCCACCUCCACGGCCGGCCAAUUUGCAAUUUGGAUCGGAUCCAUUCUUACGCCAGCGCCAGCCAGGAAAUACCCCGGAACAAGCGAGAGCUCCUCCAACGACAGAGACUCCUUCGCAGCAACUUCCGUCUGUGAGGUCUCUAUUAACACCUGUCACGGGCCCAACUUCACCCCCAGCCUACCAUCCUCCAUACGGGGCCCCUCCACCCCAUAUUGACCAUCGCGAACAUACAUAUCCUUUCCGGCAACAUGAACCCAGCGCCAUCUCGCAGGUUUCCCCAGUUGGUGGACAGGACAGAGUCCUCAGCCGUUCGGAGUCUCUCCCGCAGCCGCAGACUCCGAGUCUACCACCACUCUCUCACGUCGCCAUGGGCAGUCCCAGGGAGAUGAGCCACCAUGCCACACGGAGCGACCCUUUAUCCGCGAGUCUGCAACACAGGCAGCUACCUUUGCAUGGAGCGGUUUUCCAGCACGAGCCAGCUCCCGCCGGAGACCUUUCUUCGCCCGAGAGCGCGAGUCGGCCACAAGGCAACACCCGCUUGCAGACUGUGGUCGACGAGCGAUAUGUGGAGGGCAAGGGGAUCUGCUAUAUCUACGCGGACGGAACAGAGCUGCCAAAAGUGAUCGAGGGAGUGCCGGUCAAUGCCAACUGGGGCGUCACAAAAGCAGGCAAACCGAGGAAACGCCUUGCCCAGGCCUGCUUGACGUGUCGCGAGAAGAAGAUCAAGUGUCAACCAAAUCUGCCAAAAUGUGACCAAUGUCAAAAGUCCAAACGCGAAUGCAGGUUUGAGAGUGCUCCUCGUGGGAUCCGCUCCUUUAGAGGUUCUCUGUCAGCUGGGAUGUCUGGUCGAACUGACGGAGGCGAAGGCCAGUCUCCCGGCCCACAGGGUUACUCGGAAGUAUCUUCGUCGAUCUAUAGCAUGGGAAGGGCUUCGGACAGCGCUACCUCCCUACCAGGCACCAGUGGACCUUCGCCUACAUCCGAGGGUGCCAUGCUGACCCCCUCUGUCAACGAUGGCACCUACGAAACCGACGCAGACCGAGCAUACCGAGCACGAUUCCGUCACUACUCCGAAGGCGACCUCGCUGCCAGACAAGCAGAGCAAAUCGAGUCGUACCGGCGUCAGCAAUACUCGGAGAUUUUGGCAGACUUGCAGGACAUGAACCCGAGUGAUCCGCUUGCCAGCUCCUGGAACAUCGACCCUUACGAGAGCCACCCGGAGAUGACGCUGCAUUAUGUGGAGUCCUUCUUCUCGAAUGUGAACGACAACCUAUACCAUAUCUUUCCCCAUACUCGUUUCAUUCUAUGGUUGAGGUCUUGUCAUACCAAGUCUGCUGAGGACAAAAUGCUUCUGUACGCCAUGAUAGCACUAGGAGCGAUUUUCUCAGAGCGACCUGAUAGGAUUGCCGCCUUGAGACAAAAUUACCAGAUUGCCCGUUUUGCCAUCCAGAGACGUCAACACGUCUUGUCUCUGCAGCUCGCUCAGAGCCACCUCAUCAUGAGUCUGCUGUACUACGCCGCUGGAUCCUUGGUUGGCUCCUGGGACUCGGUUGGCGCUGCAGGACGUGCAGUUUCUGGCCUUCGGUAUAAUAUGGAGUCUGGUGGUGUUGUUAUCGACCCGAAUCAUGCGUGUGACUUUGGUUUACAUCCGCAGGCAUUGAUGGAAUGCCGUCGUCGUACCUUCUGGGUGGCAUUUACUCUAGACGUGAGAAUAGCCCCUAGAGAACAAUGCCAGAAGAAACACAAGCUAACAAAUUCACAGCGAGUCUCUAGUUUCUUCCUCUCAUCGUCAACAUCCAUCUCCUCCGAAUCAGCCUUGAUCCGUCUACCAUGCCGCGAGGAAACCUACGAAGCACAACAAUACGUAACGGCACCCUUUUUCCAAUCCAUUCUGAACCAAGCAACUCUUUCGGCGGAGGAUGAACAAUCGGCUCUCAGCACCAUGGCAUAUCUGGUUCAGAUAUUGUCAAUUUGGGGCGACGUUUCUCAUCACAUUUUCCGCCUGUCACAUACCCCGUCCGACAGCUAUGCUCGUCUCGCAGAAGACUUCCACACCAACAUCAUUCACCAAACCGACGAUUGGUUGAAGCGACUACCUGAAUAUCUUGUCUAUACUGCUGGUAACCUCGAACGGGCCAGCCAGGCAAAGAAAUUAGACAACUUCAUUUCGAUACACAUGUUUUACCACGCCACUUUAACCAAGCUCUACAGAAAUGUGCGCUACCAGAGCCUUCGGCCCGAGAUGUUGGCCGAGUACAUCCAUCGAGCUCGAUACCACGCCGCAGAGACAUUGCGGAUCGCUGCCACUGUCCUCGAAUUGGCGAACGAGCUCGAGUCCAUGCGGGCCAGCCCGGACCUACCUCGUCGACCAGUCCUGUUGAGCCCAUUCCUGGGCUAUGUCAUUCUGCCUGCGGUGGAUGUACUAAGCGCGGCUGGUCCGGUCGCCGAACUCCCGGACUGCAUCUCCUUCAUUAACGGCGCUUUUGGUAUGGUGCAAAUGCUCGGUCGCCACUGGGAUAGCUCGCUGGAGCUUGCGAGCGCGAUCCACAAGCGACUGGGCUCAAUGAUCGAAUACCUGAACGAUCGCGCUCGAACGCAAGACAAGCUCUGCUUUACACUAGAUGGACCGGCCCUGGAGACCAGGAUCCAUAAAGGUGCGCCAAAUUCCUCUGGAAUCUUCGAGGAUGAUGUGUUCUACGGAUCUACCCCCCGAGAAAUCCUUCUUCGCGCCAUGAGAGUCGACGAAAAGAGUGUCUCCGAGCACAACAUUGUUUGCCUGAGAGAUCACUGA